AUGACCAACGCCGUGGCAAAUGGCUAUGCUUCUGUUACGACGGAUACUGGUAUCCCAGGGGCUGCUAGCCCAACUGAAUGGCUGUUGACAACUCCUGGGAAUAUCAACACGAACGCGCUGCAGAACUUUGGUCAAGUUUCACUGGAUGACGAGAAUGCUUACUCCCAAGGUGGCCGUCAAGGCCUCAAACUUACUCAACAGUAUCCUUCGGCGUACGAUAGGAUCAUCGCAGCUGCUCCAGCAAUCAACUGGGCCGAGUUCUACAUCAAUUCCAUCUGGCGGUAUUCUACAUGGAGCCUACUCAACAGUUACCCCACGACUGCGAGCCCAGUGCUAUUACUCAGCUUGUGGGAUGAGUUAGACGGGGUUAAGGAUGGCAUCAUCAGCGACGUCGACGCUUGUCGCAAAUUCAACCCUUUCCGACAUGUUGGCAAGUCUUUUAACUGCACCAGCACCAAGUCGGAGCUCAAGAUCAGCCACGCAGCUUCCGUCGCCAAUGCCUCGUGGACCGGUCCCCGUUUCUCAAACUGCAAGUCAAUGUACCCUGGCUACGAUAUCAGCAGCGAUCUCCCCACGCUUGCCCCGACAAAUUGUACCGGCGCGGUUUGCAAGAGUGGAGGCGAAGGCUCUGUCGAGUUUUCUUGGAAGACCUUUGUGAAGAAAGACAUGACAGCGACACUGAAGAACGCCACUGGUCGCGAAUUCGGUACUAUCUACCAUCACGUCAAGCGGAUCUUUGCUUCCAACCUCGAGACCAACGAGGUUGAUUUGCGAGGCUUUAGAGAUCCCGGAGGAAACAUGAUUACUUAUCAUGGCCUGGUAAUAUAUCUUGCAUUCAAGGUCCGAUUUCAAGCUAAGAUUUCCCAGGCCGACCCGAGCAUCUCCCCUGGUGGCACGCUUCGGUAUUACAACAAAGUAUCGGACUUUGUAGGCAACAUUACUUCUGUCUAUAAGUACUACCAGGUACCUGCUCUCGGACACUAG